AUGAUGGCGGUGCGUGCACGCGCAGUGAAAGUAAUGGCUGCACUGGAGCGGCGGCUGCCGGGCCUCGAUGAGUUUGUGGGUCAGAGCUGGACUGCGUGGGCCCAGUGGGCCGGCGUGACGGCGACGGACGGCCCGGAUGUUGAUGACUGUAGCAAGAAUGGCAAGAAGACAGCGGAGGCCAUGUCGCUGAGCAAAGACGACAUGUCCAUUUUCGGCCUCCACCCCGGCCACGACGACUUCUACCUGGUGGUGUGUGGCCACUGUGGCCAGGUUGUCAAGCCGCAGGCCUUUGAGAAGCACUGCGAGCGCAGGCACGGCCCGCUGGCCAAGCUCCACCCACGCCUGCGCUCUCCGGCGCCGCCCGCUGCCCAGCUGCAGCCUCGCGCUCAGAGAAGCCACUCCCCCUCCCCGGGAACAAACGCCGCCCCCUCUCCAGCCUGGGACGGGCGAGGACAAGGAGUGAGGCCUCCAUGGGUGGCUCCACCUUCCCCCAGCGCCCCGUCACAGUAUCGGCACCUGAAGAACCCCAAGGACGGACCACGACACCCCUUGCUGGACAAGACGUCUCACGCCGACACGCUGCCCUUCAAAGCUCCAGCAGCUCAGGAGCCUCCCGUCAGCUCGCCGCCCCACGAAGCCCCGCCCCCCACGCCGGCUCAGAGGAAGGAGUCGCCGCUGGCCUCGCCUGUCUGCAGCCCGCGCCUCGCCCGCCCCUACAACAAAGUGGCGUCCAAGCGGGAGUGUGACUUGGACAAGCACUGCGGGGUCCUGGACCACGAGAGGAAGAAGGUCUGCACUCGCCUCCUCACCUGCAACAUCCACUCCAUCCACCAGCGGCGGAAGGUGGUGGGCCGCACCAAGAGCUUUGACCAGCUGGUGGCUGAACUCAAGACCAAGGUCCGGGAGAAGGGGCCCCAGCUGGCAGAGGGCGGCUCCGGUGCUGGACGCUCCCCGAGUCCAGAGACUCACAGAGAGCUGUGUGAAGCACCGCCCUGCAGGAGACCCCUGGCCAGCCUCCCGGCUUUCUGCCGCUCUCUAGGGGCCUCGGAGAGUCCGACCGAGGAGGAGGAGGAGGAGAAGCAGCAGCAGCAGGACGAGAGGCACCUGAGAGCCUCUUCACCGAUGCUCCUCGGCUGCACGUCCAGCGAUGACAGUGAGGCAGAAGCAGCGCAGGAGCGCCUGGAGUUCUCGUCCUCUGCUGUACAUCCCAGACCCAUGGCAGUGUGUUCGUUCGGCAGCCACGCGCUGGGCCACGGCAUCUACACCUUCGACAGAAGGCUGCACCACCUGCGGUCCACGCUGAGCACCAUGCUGGAGCAGCACAUCAGCGCCCUCCUCUGGAAGAAAAUACCUCAGGCCUCAGACAGCAGGUGGCCUCAGCCCUCAGUCAGGACUCCUCUCUCCUCCUCCGCAGCCUCCACGUCUCCUCUGAACUCCAGAGUCCCUGCAGGAGGCCAGCAGUUCUCCUCCUUCAGAAGCUUCCCGGAGGCCUCUCCGUCCAGCCGCGGGCCCGGCAGACCCGGGGCUACCGCCCCAUCAGAGAACUGGGUCCAGGCCGACGGCCCCUGCCUGCCGGGGCCUCCACACAGGAGGCCGCGGGAGGAGGCCGGGGCCCGGAAACGCAAGGCCUCGUCCCAGGCAGUGGAGCGUCCGGGCCUCGACAGGAACUGCGUCUCGCUCCUCCCACACGGACAGACCAAUGGCACGCACUCGCCCGGCAGUAGGCCCCGCCCCCAGCCUGCGCCCUCAGAGGCCAAGGGCCUCUGGACCUACGCUCGGACUCACUCCUCCUCCUCCAACAGCUCCCACGCUCGAGGAAUGGUGGGUGGAGCUUUGCUGAAGAAGCGCCGAGGGGAGGAGCACGUGCCCUCCCUGAGGGCCCCGACUCAGGGGCCGCCGUCCUCCUCUGUGUUGGCCCCUCCUCGACCCAACUUCUACCCCUGGAAGGAGAGCAAGAGCGCGGGGCUGGCUGGAGGCGCAGAGAAGAAACUGGGGACCCCGAAGGUGAGGCGGUGGAGUGGGAGGAGCCUACGUCAACAGGGAGUCGGUCCAGACAGCGAUUCUGCUCAGUAGUUUACUGUCACACUGUGGCCUUCACUGCAGCCAGGCUCCGGCCCGCUGGCUGUCACAUGACCGGCCUCUAACAUGCCCUUCUCCUCUUCUGCAGCCGAGGUUGCACCACUGAGAGUGCCUUGUUUCCCAGCCUGUGGGAGCCAGCAGACCUUGUGAGGACCGACCCACGGCCAGAAAUACCUCAAGCUCAUCCGCUGAUGCUGCUAAACACACUCGUUUCUUAAACAGAUUAAAAAUGUUCUUUACACCAACUUUAUCCACGUCUCUGCCCUUGUCUCUGGGGGGGUGAGUGAGGUGAGAGAAGCGGGCGGCGCCAGAGCCACGGUCACUUUAUUCACAGCCCCGGCUGUUUUCAUAGCAGGAGCGCACUUCAAACACCCUUCACCUGGGCCCCACGCUGCAGCGUGGGC